AUGCCGAGGUCGGCGUCGUCGCCGAGUAGUCCUUCCGGUGGUGGGGAGGGAGGAUUCUCGGUGGUGCUGAGAUCCUACCUCAAUGGGUUGACGACUCUGAAGAGGACGGGGAGUGGUAAUAAGUUUGAGGAGCUCUUGAGGGCUCUACCGUCGGAUGCGCGGAAGGCUAUCGAGGAGUUGGUGGAACGACGAGUGGAGGGGAUGGAGGGGGAGGGGGGGAGGAAAAGGAAGGCUGAAUCCUACUACCAGGGGGAAGGUGGUGAUGGCUCAGAGGCGCCUAAGCGAAAGCGAGGAAGGCCUAGGAAGGUCUCGACUCAACAAGACAACAAGGCUGCUGUUGCUACUUCCACGUCAUCACCAUCGGAGCCUUCAACUACUACUACGACCAUGGAGAUGAGCAGUAGUGGAGUGGAUAAGGCAGCAGCUGAGAAGAAGUAUAGUGACGUUCACUCGCUGUUGAGGGAGGCCCUGAGGGGUUCUGAUCGGGGAGGAGAGGUGGCUGUAGUUGAUGAUAUAUUCAAUACAGUUCAGCACAGCCCCUUUGAUUUUUAUAAAUAUUGCGAGUGCUCUGACAAGUGGAGACAGUUGAGUGCUGAUGAGCAGAGGAAGUAG